AUGACGGAAAAAAAAAUCUCGGACUCAAAUCAUAGAGAUGAUUCGGAUCACCUUCCUCGCCGCUGCCUUUGCUCUCGCUGCGGGAGUGCCCCACGUGCCCCGUCUCGAUGGAGCCCUCCCCCGCCUGCCCAAGAUCGUAGGGGGAGUAGAGGCGUCCCCUGGCGAAUUCCCCCACCAGAUCUCCAUGCAAAGGAACAGCAUCUUCGGGAGGUCUCACUCCUGUGGCGGGUCGAUCUUCAAUGAGAAUUACAUCGUCACGGCUGGUCACUGCGUCCAUGGCCAGAGCGCCUCCAAGAUCUUCAUCGUGGCUGGAGAAUACGACCUCUCGACAGCUUCAGGAGACGAGCAGGAGAGCGCCGCCGAUGCCCUUAUCGAACACGAGCACUACGACGGCAACACCAUCACCAACGACAUCGCCCUCAUCAGGCUCGCCACGCCCUUCGUCAUGAACAGCUUGGUGCAGCCCAUCGAGCUCCCGGCGCAGGGCGAAUAUGCAGCGGCUGGGGAGUCGUGCACCACCACGGGCUGGGGAACGACGGUCGAGGGAGGGUUCAUUCCCGAUAUUCUGAGGAAGGUGGACGUCCCCAUCGUAGACGACGACACCUGCAGGCAGUCCUAUGGUGUCACGGAGAUCGCCGACUCCAUGCUGUGCGCAGGACUCCCAGAAGGAGGCAAGGACGCCUGUCAGGGUGACUCAGGAGGACCUUUCGUGUGCGGCGGGAAGCUCCACGGAAUCACGUCUUGGGGAUAUGGCUGUGCUCGCCCUAACUACCCCGGAGUAUACACCGAAGUGGCGUACUACAGGGACUGGGUUGAUGCCCACGCUGUUUAAGGCGUGAGAGAAGAUCGCGCAUAGAACUUCUAGGGAAGUUCGCUGGCCUUUUAGAAGGAAACUCUGAGGAAAGAAGUUCGGGUGAGGUUGUCUGUUCAGAGGAAAGUUCAGAAGUAAACUUUUUUCUGGUAAAAUUAUCGUUUUAAAAAAGAAUUUACCGAGAGAAAUUCAACUAAAACAAAUUUAAUCAUGUUAUUGAUUUUUAUUCAUGUAGCAGAUUUUGUAAUAUAAUUUGUAUUUUUUUUUUCUCCAAGUUGUUAAAGCAAUAAAAUCUGUUGACUAUU